UGCUGAGCACAUACGGGUGCGAAGGGGGAUAUAAACUCGGCUGCCCAUCCCACUCUUCCUCUUCUUCUGUUACUCUGCACCAAUCCUACCUUCAUUCGCUUCAAGGGGAUUCCGUCUUUCACAACAACCUUCGUUGAAUAAUAUAUCCUGAUACCACUCACCUGCAAUCAUUCGCUUGGCUGGUGCUGUUGGACAUAUCUACAUACUAUUUCUCGGAUAUAUAACAUAAAAAGGAAAAUAUCAGACCCUUCAUAGCAAACAUGAAGAACUCAUUCGCUGCCAUCCUGUCCCUCGCCCUGGCGAGCGUGGCUGUCGCUGAGGCCGGUGACUACGGUAACUACGACUACACCCCCGAGGCUCCGGUUUACACAACCGAGAAGCCGUCGUACAACACUCCGGUGUACACGCCUGAGGAGCCCGAGUACACCAAGCCUGCGUACACCAAGCCAGCAUACACUAGCCCGGCCUACACUCCCGAGGAGCCCGAGUACACCAAGCCGGCGUACACUCCUGAAGAGCCCGAGUACACCAAGCCUGCGUACACCAAGCCGGCAUACACCAGCCCGGCCUACACUCCCGAGGAGCCCGAGUACACCAAGCCGGCGUACACUCCUGAGGAGCCCGAGUACACCAAGCCGUCUUAUACCAAGCCGGCGUACUCCAUCCCGGCGUACACGCCCGAGGAGCCCGAGUACACCAAGCCGUCUUACACCAAGCCGGCCUACACUACCCCGGCCUACACUCCUGAGGAGCCCGAGUACACCAAGCCGUCUUACACCAAGCCGGCGUACUCCAUUCCGGCGUACACCCCCGAGGAGCCCGAGUACACCAAGCCAUCGUACACAAAGCCGUCGUACACCACCCCGGCUUACACUCCCGAGGAGCCCGAGUACACCAAGCCUGCGUACACUCCCGAAGAGCCCGAGUACACCAAGCCGUCGUACACCAAGCCCUCGCACACCAAGCCGGCGUACACCACCCCGGCUUACACCCCCGAGGAGCCAGAGUACACCAAACCUUCGCACACCAAGCCGGCUUACACCACCCCGGCCUACACUCCCGAGGAGCCCGAGUACACCAAGCCGUCAUACACCCCCGAGGAGCCCGAGUACACCAAGCCGUCUCACACCAAGCCGGCGUACACCACGCCGGUGUACACCACCGAGACUCCCGUGUACCCCACUUACACCACCACCUACGAGACCUGUAUCACGUUCCCGACCACCUACAGCUCGGACAGCACCACCUACACCACCUACACCAGCACCACCGCGACCAUUACUACCACCACUUGCGAGACCACCGAGUACCCCACCGAGUACCCGACCACCGAGUACCCUACUCCCACUGAGUACCCGACCACCGAGUACCCUAGCGAGUACCCCGAGGAAGAGACCACGUCUUGCACUACCACCGAGACGACUGAGUACCCCACCACUACUCCUGAGUACCCGGAGGAGACUACGUCUUGCACCACCACCGAGACCACGGAAACCACCGAGUACCCUACUACUACUCCCGAGUACCCCGAGGAGACCACGUCUUGCACGACCACUGAGACCACCGAGACUACCGAGUACCCCACCACUACUCCCUACUACCCGGAGGAGACUACGUCUUGCACUACUACCGAGACCACGGAAACCACCGAGUACCCCACCACUACUCCCUACUACCCGGAGGAGACCACGUCGUGCACUACCACCGAGACCACCGAGUACCCCACUCCCGAGGAGACCACUGAGUACCCCAGUACUACUCCCGAUACCCCACUCCCGAGGAGACCACGUCUUGCACGACCACCGAGUACUUGCCUACCACUCCCCCGUACGUGACGACCACGACGACCUACGAGACGACCCUCACCAGCUGCCUGACGUACCCGACUACCUACGUCACUGACAGCACCACCUACACCUCGUACGUCGAGACUACCGACUACAUCACCUCCACCGUGUGCGAGACCUCCUCGUACCCCGUGUACGUGACCGUCCCCGUGACCUACACUCCCCCGGCCGAGACCACGACCUACAUCGUUCCACCGGUCACCUACACUCCUCCUGCCGAGACCUACACUCCUCCCGCCGAGACCUACACUCCUCCCGCCGAGACCACCACUC